UAUGUUCACAUUAAAAUCAGUACAAGAAACAUAUGCAGAAUCACAUUGGAGUUCUGAGAACUUUGAACAGAAUAUUUCUGAAAGUGCUGCGCAGAAUUACACGUGUUUACCUGAGGCUACAUAUCAAGAAGAAACCAAAAGAAUAAAUGGAAAACUAAAGGAUUCAACUAGCCUAUCAAAAAUCUUGGAUGCAGUUCCUUCUUGUAAAAGAGCACGGGAACUUAAAAAAGAUCACUGUGAACAACUUAUAACAAAACUGAAAAAAAUGAAAAAUAAAUUUUGU